CAAGGUUGCUGUCCACGAUCUCGACGUUGGCCUUUGAUUUUAUUUUCCUUUGGGCUCAAUUUUAUUCUCACUUCUAAUCCCAGAUAAAUCACCCUGGCCUCUCUUCCCUUUCGCUUUAAAGGGUCCGACGGUGCCAAUAUGGCGCCCACCCAGACAAUGCACCACCACCGCUCCACCACCAAAAAAGCCAACAAAUCCUACAAGACUCGCCAUGCCUCCAAAAGUUCCCUGAAGGAGCAGGACAAGGGCAAAGUCGAGCGGGGCACGCGAAAGACCCCUCACCAACAACUCAUGUCGAAACUCGAUCGCAGAAACCAGGCCCGUCAGAAGCAGCAGAUGAAGCACCAGGAGAAGGCCCAGGCGACGAGCAUCUUCUCCGGUCAGCACGGUGCCCCCCGUCAUGUCGCCGUCGUUCCGCUCACCGUCGAUAUUGAUGUCGCGGCGAUCAUCCGGUCUUUGAAUGAGAGUGUGGAUGUCGAGAGCGAGUUCUCUGCCGAUGCGCCAUCUCGAGUCCGUGUUGAUCGCUUCAAGCAGACGCUGCAGUAUGUUCCGGCGAAGUACGAUCUCAUGAAUGCGCUGGAUGUGUGUCGCAUGGCGGAUUUCGUGGUCUUGGCGGUCUCGGCGCACAGAGAGGUCGAGGAGGAGGGCGAGUUGCUGCUCCGGUCCAUUGAAGGCCAGGGUAUUUCGAAUGUUAUCUCCAUGGUUCAGGGCCUCGAUCAAAUCAACCCGCCCAAGAAACGUCCCCAGGUUGCCGCGUCGCUGAAGUCCUUCAUGAACCACUUCUUCCCCUCCGUCGAUAAGGUCCUCUCCGUCGAUUCUAGACAGGAAUGCUCCAACGCCAUCCGAUCGCUGUGCACUGCGACGCCGAAGGGUAUCCGCUGGCGUGACGAGCGCAGCUGGAUGCUGGUUGAGAAUGUCGCCUGGCCCGAGGCCACCUCCGAGACGGUGGACGAUGUGGUGGUGACGGGUGUUGUGCGAGGCAAGGGCCUCAAGGCGGACCGACUGGUCCAUCUGCCCGGCUGGGGUGAUUUCCAGAUCGACUCCAUCACCGCGGCGCCGCUGGCUACCGGCCGCGGAAAGCGCGACGAUGCCAUGAAUGUCGACGAGAACGAUUCCACACAGGUCCUGGAGACUCCUACGGGUGAGCAGGACGAUUUGAACGUCGUGGCGCCGGAGGAGAUCGAAAUGGAGGAUGAUGAUAUGUCCAUGGCCGAGACGGAGCGCAAGGGUGUUCUGCUCGAUGAUCACCACUACUUCUCGGACGACGAGUCGCACAUCCCCGCGAAGCCGAAGAAGCUACCGAAGGGAACGUCCGAGUACCAGUCCGCCUGGUACCUGGACGACGUCGACUACUCCGGAUCCGACAUUGAGGACGACGAAGAGGAUGAGAACAUGGAAAUGGACACCGCCGGUGCCCCCGAGGAUGGCGUUUUUCCCGACAAGGAGGAUGCCAUGACCGAAGCCGGAGCUACCGAGUAUCCCCAAUCCGAGAUGUUCGUUGACCGGCCAUUGGAGGACGAAGAACAGCAGCUGGAAGAAUACCGACAGAGCCGCCGGAAGGAGGCCAGCGACGAUCUCGAAUUCCCCGACGAAAUCGAACUGCACCCCAACGUGCUGGCCAGAGAGCGAAUGGCCCGUUUCCGAGGAUUGAAGAACUUCAAGACGAGUCUCUGGGAGACGUCCGAAGACCGCCCCCACGAGCCCGAAGACUGGCGCCGUCUCCUCCAGAUCCAGGACUACAAGGGCUCCAAGAACCGCACCAUCGCCGAGGCCCUUGUCGGCGGCGUCAACCCCGGCACCCGCGUGGAUGUCCACCUGCGCGCUGUCCCCGCUGCGCUCCGCUCCAAGGCCCAGCCCCUGUCCCUGUUCUCGCUGCUGCGUCACGAGCACAAGCACACCGUUGUCAACGUCAACAUGAACCUGAACACCAGCGUCGAGGAGCCCUUGAAGGCCAAGGAAGAGCUGAUCGUCCAGUGCGGCCCGCGUCGGAUGGUCGUGAACCCCAUCUUCUCCUCCAACGACAACACCCCGAACAACGUGCACAAGUUCGACCGCUACCUGCACCCAGGCCGCAGCGCCAUCGCCAGCUGGAUCGGCCCUCUCACCUGGGGUGCCGUGCCGGUGCUCGUCUUCAAGAACAAGACCGUGCAAGACCCCGAGGUCCUCGACGCCUCCGACUCCCAGCCCGACGUCACCCGUCUGGAGCUCAUCGGCUCCGGCACCGUCGUCGCCCCCGAUCAAUCCCGCGUCGUCGCCAAGCGCGCCAUCCUCACCGGCCACCCCUUCAAGAUCCACAAGAAGGUCGUCACUGUCCGCUACAUGUUCUUCAACUCGGAGGACAUCGCCUGGUUCAAGGCCCUCCAGCUCUGGACCAAGCGCGGCCGCAGCGGUUUCGUCAAGGAAAGUCUCGGUACCCACGGCUACUUCAAGGCGACCUUCGACGCCAAGAUCAACCCCCAGGAUACCAUCGGUAUCAGUCUCUACAAGCGGGUGUUCCCUCGCAAGGCUCGUGCGUUGGAGGACGUCAUCAACUAGUCAAUCCUUCUUUGUUUGUUGCUUUUCUGUUUUUCUGGCGAUUCUAUCUGGACUGGACAAAAUGGGACAUUGUGAUGGGGUUCGUUUCGCGGAGGGAUAGAAAGAGGAGAUGAUAGGAGAAAGAGGAGGGAUGAGAUGAUAUGAUACCACCAAAAAUAUCUUCUGCAUGACUUGAUGAGCUCUCACUGUCUUGGAAGCAUGCGUGACUAGUGAGUGCAUGGCUUUCGGACGAUAUCCCCAAAAGCAUUUGAUUGGUUAUAUAGACAUCAAUGAGUAGAUCAAGUUAUUUAA